UCCUGCUAAUGCCAUUGACGAGUUUCUCAGGCAAAAGAACCCACUCUCUCCCCUCUUUCUCCCUCUACUGGCCGUGGCGGUGGUGGUUAAGAUCCAUAGCCAUGGCCACCAAAUACCUCUUCUAUCCCUCUCUAGACCCAAAUUUAAGUGACCACCUCUUUUCUCUCUCUAUGCACUGAUACAUUGGAGAGAUGAAGUGCAAGUUUCUCUCUGUUCCCGUUCUCGUAGUGUUGCUGUUUAUUGGAUUUCUUUACUACACCACGGUAUUCAUUCUCAUAGAGGAAUGGUUGGGUCUUAACACCUCUCCUGGUCUCUUGAAUGCCAUCAUUUUCUCUGGUUUUGCUGUGGCUUCCAUUGCUUGCUAUGUGCUUGCAAUAUUCAAGGAUCCUGGCCAUGUUCCUGCAACUUAUGAGCCUGACAUUGAAGAUUCCACAACCCCAAUUCAGGAAAUCAAGCGAAAGGGUGGUGACUUGAGAUAUUGUCAGAAAUGUUCUCGUUACAAGCCACCCCGUGCACAUCACUGCCGUGUUUGUAGAAGGUGUGUGUUGAGAAUGGACCACCAUUGUGUGUGGAUAAAUAACUGUGUCGGUCAUGCAAAUUACAAGGUCUUCUUUGUAUUUGUGAUGUAUGCUGUGAUGGCAUGCAUCCAUUCCCUGGUUAUAUUGGUCUGCAAUGCAGUCCAUGAUUUUCACAAGGAUCGGGAGGAGAAUGGAGGUUCCUUCAGGACUUCAUAUAUAAUCUGUGGAACCAUACUGGUUCCCUUAAGCCUGGCAUUGAGCAUUCUAUUGGGCUGGCAUGUAUACCUCAUUUCACAUAACAAGACAACUAUUGAGUACCACGAGGGGGUGAGAGCAAUGUGGCUGGCACAGAAAGUGGGAAAUAUUUAUCAGCAUCCAUAUGAUCUUGGGGUUUAUGAGAACCUUGUGUCUGUACUAGGCCCAAACAUUUUUAGUUGGGUGUGCCCAACUUCACAUCAUAUUGGUUCCGGUCUCCGCUUUCGUACUUCUUAUGACAGUAAUUCAUCCCAAGCACAGAGCUGAAAACAGGUGUACGUUAUGUUUGAUCACACGUGUGGUUCUCUUUUUAUGAAGGAACACUAGGCAAGGGGCCUUUAAUUCAUUCACGCAUGGUUUUUGAUCAUUCACACAUGGUUUUUUAACAUGGGGGGAAUACUAGAAGUUCCACUGUUGCCUUGGACUUGGAAAAUUGAGAGGUUCAACGUUGCAUCUAUCAUUAACUUAUUGAUGCGGGAAGAGAGCCAUGGAUUUGAUGUAAGAUGGGUGUAUAGGGGCAAGUAUAUUAAAUGUUUGGGGAGAAACACUUUUCCCGAACUUCGUGCAUGAGAAAAGAUAUGAAAAAUCUGUUGUUGUAACAGAUUCUAGAUGUGUGAUAUUCACGUCUUCAUGUGUUCUAUAAAUGUAUAUGUACGCAUGCAUUAUUUAUGAUUGUAUACAUGCAAAUUUAGCAGUGCAUUUGGAGGAAAA